ACGUUGGAUUUUUUCCUCUCCACCAUCGUCGAUCGCACCGCUUUUGAUCUUGGGUCCAGUCGCCCCGGCGGCUUUCUCCUUUUCCGGUGUAGCGGGGGACGGUGAGGAAUGAGGGAGUGGAGACGGAGAGCCGUGAAGGGACCUGAGGGGCCUACCCAGAAGCCUUUGAGCCCGGAGCCGUGCACAGAGUAGGUACCUGAGGCGCCUACCCAGAAGCCUUUGAGGGUGGAGCCGUGAAGGUAGCUGAGGGGCCUACCCAGAAGCCUUUGAGCCUGGAGCCAUGAUGGUACCUGAGAGGCCUACCUAAAAGACUUUGACCCUGGAGCCGUGAAGGUACCUGAGGGGCCUACCCAGAAGCCUUUGAGGGUGGAGCUGUGAAGGUAGCUCAGGGGCCUACCCAGAAGCCUUUUAGCCUGGAGCCGUGAAGGUACCUGAGGGGCCUACCUAGAAGACUUUGAGCGUGGAGCCGUGAAGGUAGCAGAGGGGCCUACCCAGAAGCCUUUGAGUGUGGAGCCGUGAAGGUACCUGAGGGGCUUACCCAGAAGCCUUUGAGGGUGGAGCCGUGAAAGUACCUCAGGGGCCUACCCAGAAGUCUUUGAGCCGUGAAGGUAGCUGAGGGGCCUACCCAGAAGCCUUUGAGCCUGGAGCCGUGAAGGUAGCUGAGGGGCCUACCCAGAAGCCUUUGAGCCUGGAGCCGUGAAGGUAGCUGAGGGGCCUACUCAGAAGCCUUUGAGCCUGAAGUCGUGAAGGUACCUGAGAGGCCUACCCAGAAGCCUUUGAGUCUGAAGCCGUGAAGGUACCUGAGAGGCCUACCCAGAAGCCUUUGAGUCUGAAGCCGUGAAGGUACCUGAGAGGCCUACCCAGAAGCCUUUGAGUCUGAAGCCGUGAAGGUAGCAGAGGGGCCUACCCAGAAGCCUUUGAGCCUGGAGCGGCGAAGGUAGCUGAGGGGCCUACCCGGAAGCCUCCGAGUGUGGCGCCGUGAAGGUACCUGAGGGGCCUACCCAGACGUCUUUGAGCCCAGAGCCGUGAAGGUAGCUGAGGGGCCUACCCAGAAGCCUUUGAGCCUGGAGCCGUGCAGCGUGUAGGUACUUGAGGGGCCUACCCAGAAGCCUUUGAGCCCGGAGCCGUGAAGGUACCUGAGGGGCCUACCCAGAAGCCUUUGAGUGUGGAGCUGUGAAGGUACCUGAGGGGCCUACCCAGAAGCCUUUGAGCCCGGAGCCAUGCAGUGUGUAGGUACCUGAGGGGCCUACCCAGAAGCCUUUGAGCCCGGAGCCGUGCAGCGUGUAGGUAGGCUACCCAGAACCCUUUGAGCCUGGAGACAUGCAGCGUGUAGGUAACUGAGGGGCCCACCCAGAAGCCUUUGAGCUCGGAACCGUGCAGCGUGUAGGUACCUGAGAGGCCUACCCAGAAGCCUUUGAGCCCAGAGCCGUGCAGCGAGUAAGGUACCUGAGGGCCCUACCCAGAAGCCUUUGAGCCCGGAGCCGUGCAGUGUGUAGGUACCUGAGAGGCCUACCCAGAAGCCUUUGAGCCUGGAGCCGUGAAGGUUCCUGAGGAGCCUACUCAGAAGCCUUUGAGCCUGGAGACAUGCAGCGUGUAGGUAACUGAGGGGCCCACCCAGAAGCCUUUGAGCCUGGAGCCGUGCAGCGUGUAGGUACCUGAGGGGCCUACCCAGAAGCCUUUGAGCCCGGAGCCGUGCAGCGUGUAGAUUUCUGCGAAGCAGGCUUACCGUCGUGAAUUUUAUGUAAAAGGCAAUCUGAAUGAGUCUGCAGGUUUUCAAGCAGCUAAAUGGAGUCUGAGCAGUUGUUCCACAGAGGCUACUAUCGAAACAGUUACAACAGUAUUACCAGUGCCAGUAGUGAUGAGGAGCUUUUAGAUGGAGCAGGGGUCAUUAUGGACUUUCAGACCUCUGAAGAUGACAACUUGUUAGACGGUGAUGCAUCGGUUGGAACACAUUAUACAAUGACAAAUGGAGGAAGCAUCAACAGCUCAACACACUUACUGGAUCUUUUGGAUGAACCCAUCCCCGGAGUUGGAACGUACGAUGACUUCCACACAAUCGAUUGGGUGCGGGAGAAAUGUAAAGACAGAGAAAGGCACCGGCGGAUCAACAGCAAAAAGAAAGAAUCUGCUUGGGAAAUGACAAAAAGUUUGUACGAUGCAUGGUCAGGAUGGCUAGUAGUUACCCUAACAGGAUUGGCAUCAGGGGCAUUGGCAGGGUUAAUAGACAUUGCUGCCGACUGGAUGACUGAUCUAAAGGAGGGCAUCUGCCUCCACGCAUUGUGGUACAACCAUGAGCAGUGUUGUUGGGCAUCUAAUGAGACAACAUUUGAAGAGAGAGAUAAGUGUCCUCAAUGGAAAACGUGGGCAGAACUAAUCAUCGGUCAAGCAGAGGGACCGGGUUCUUACAUCAUGAACUACAUAAUGUACAUCUUCUGGGCUCUGGGCUUUGCCUUCCUAGCCGUCUCUCUGGUGAAGAUAUUUGCUCCGUACGCCUGUGGCUCUGGAAUUCCAGAGAUUAAAACGAUUCUCAGUGGAUUCAUCAUCAGAGGAUAUUUGGGCAAGUGGACUUUGAUGAUUAAAACGAUCACAUUAGUACUGGCAGUGGCAUCGGGGUUGAGUUUAGGGAAAGAAGGUCCUCUGGUACAUGUGGCCUGUUGCUGUGGAAAUAUUUUUUCCUACCUCUUUCCCAAGUACAGCACCAAUGAAGCUAAAAAAAGGGAGGUGCUGUCAGCUGCUUCCGCAGCCGGAGUGUCUGUAGCCUUUGGUGCUCCCAUUGGUGGAGUCCUUUUUAGUCUGGAAGAGGUGAGCUAUUAUUUCCCCCUGAAAACCUUGUGGAGGUCGUUCUUCGCCGCACUGGUGGCCGCAUUCGUUCUGCGCUCCAUCAAUCCCUUCGGGAACAGCCGCCUGGUCCUCUUUUACGUGGAGUACCACACCCCCUGGUACCUCUUCGAACUGUUGCCCUUCAUCCUCCUGGGGGUGUUCGGCGGGCUGUGGGGAGCGUUCUUCAUCCGGGCCAACAUCGCCUGGUGCCGCCGGCGGAAGUCCACCCGGUUCGGGAAGUACCCCGUGCUGGAAGUCAUCGUGGUGGCGGCCAUCACGGCCGUCGUCGCCUUCCCCAACCCCUACACCCGGCUGAACACCAGCGAGCUGAUCAAGGAGCUCUUCACCGACUGCGGCCCGCUGGAGUCGUCCUCCCUGUGCGACUACAGGAACGACAUGAACGCCAGUAAGAUAGUGGACGACAUCCCCGACCGGCCCGCCGGCACCGGCGUGUACUCGGCCAUCUGGCAGCUCUGCCUGGCCCUGAUCUUUAAGAUCAUCAUGACCGUCUUCACUUUCGGGAUCAAGGUUCCGUCCGGCUUGUUCAUCCCCAGCAUGGCCAUCGGUGCCAUAGCGGGAAGGAUUGUGGGCAUUGCAGUGGAGCAGCUGGCCUACUUCCACCACGACUGGUUCAUCUUCAAGGAGUGGUGUGAAGUUGGAGCAGAUUGCAUUACCCCAGGCCUUUAUGCCAUGGUGGGAGCGGCAGCAUGCUUAGGCGGCGUGACCAGGAUGACCGUCUCCCUGGUGGUGAUCGUGUUCGAGCUGACGGGCGGGCUGGAGUACAUCGUCCCCCUCAUGGCCGCCGUGAUGACCAGUAAGUGGGUGGGCGACGCCUUCGGGCGCGAGGGCAUUUACGAGGCCCACAUCCGGCUGAACGGGUACCCGUUCCUGGACGCCAAGGAGGAGUUCACGCACACCACCCUGGCCGCCGACGUCAUGAGGCCCCGGCGCGGCCAGCCCCCGCUGGCCGUCCUCACCCAGGACGACAUGACCGUGGACGGCAUAGAGAGCCUCAUCAACGACACCAGCUACAACGGGUUCCCGGUCAUCAUGUCCAAGGAAUCGCAGAGGCUGGUGGGCUUCGCCCUCCGGAGGGAUUUGACCAUCGCCAUAGAAAGUGCCCGGAAAAAGCAGGAGGGCAUCGUUGGCAGCUCCCGCGUCUGUUUCGCCCAGCACACCCCGUCCCUUCCGGCCGAAAGCCCACGGCCUCUGAAGCUGCGGAGCAUUCUGGACAUGAGCCCCUUCACCGUGACGGACCACACCCCCAUGGAGAUCGUGGUGGAUAUUUUCCGCAAGCUGGGUCUGAGGCAGUGCCUCGUCACGCACAACGGGAUUGUCUUGGGGAUCAUCACAAAGAAGAACAUAUUAGAGCAUCUCGAGCAACUAAAGCAGCACGUCGAACCCCUGGCGCCUCCUUGGCAUUAUAACAAAAAAAGAUAUCCUCCGUCAUAUGGCCCAGACGGCAAACCACGACCCCGCGUCAAUAAUGUUCAACUGAAUCCCAUAGCUGAGGAGAGAGAGGAAACGGAAGAGGAAGUUCAUUUGUUGAAUAGCACAACACUUUAACUUGGGGGGGCCUGGUG